CCCCCCCUCUCUCAAUGACACGCUUCUUCUUCUUCUUCAACAUCUUCCAUGGCCGCUUCUUUACCUUCCUCACAAAUCUUCCGUCUCUUUCAUUCUAAACAAUCAAUCAUUCCUCUGUAUCAUCAUCAUCAUCGCCAAAUGCACGAUCCCUUUUUCUGUGUCGCCCUUCUCAUCUUCUCCGCUUCUCUUCUUUCUUUCAUCUUUACCGCCUUCUCUGUUUAUAAGAAGCUCUCCAGACCGGAACGAAAGGGGGCGGCCCGGAAUCCGGAUACGAACUCCGCCCCGACGUCGACUGUGGAGCAUUCUGUGUCGGAGGCUGGGGACAGAGUUAGUCAACCCAACGAAACCAACCCGAACCAUUCGCUCUUGCUCGAGGUGUUGCCAUCCGAUUCUACGAAAUGGACCACUGUGCUCGACGAGAAAGGUGGCGAUGACCCAAAUCGAGACUCUACGGAUGAGGGCCAGACGGGGAAGAAGAAGAAGAGGAAGGCGAAGAAGAAGAAAGCGAAUUCUUCGGCUGAAGAUGGAGGCGAAGGGUUGCGAGCGAGUUCGGAUUCGGAUUCCGGGCUUCGACUGGAAUCCGUUUGCUUGUACCCGUUCACCUCUUCUAGUAGCCCUAUGCAGAGGAAGAUCAAGCAACAGUAUGAUGAGCUUGUCAAGUGCCACGAGGCGAAGAAGUUGACAUUACAACAGGUUGUACAGUUUGCUAAUAGUUUGGUUGAUGCUAGGAAUGAGCUACAGCACAAGGCUGAUACAAUCCAACGUAAGUUUGUUAUCACAAAGGCACUAUUAUUUAAGGCAGACAGGUCUUCUUUUGACCGCCUUCGUCAACAGAUAUACAAGCUGGAACUAGAACAAAAGCGACUAGAGGAGGAUGCUUUUGUUUACAACUGGCUUCAAGAACAGCUUAAACUGUCACCUGCUUACAAGAAGAUGCUUGAAAUUGGAACUUGCAUGGAGAAGGAAAAAUCCUGUGAACCUGGGGAGAACGAAGAAAAUGAGUUUGCUGACAUUUCAUUUGAAGAAUUAUUAGCGCGAGAAAAAAAGGAUUCAUUUUGGCAAAAAGCUGCAAAGUCCAGGCAAUGCUCGAGCUCAUGAAUGACAGUGCUAGGUUGGCUGACUGUAACCGUUGUUACUUUAACAUGUGUACAUUCAAAUCCCACGUUUUUAAUCUUGUACUGUCACAGAAACGUUCAUUUUGGUUAUGUUUUUGUGGAAUAGUUAGAUGAAACAAGAAUCUCUGAAUUUCCUAUCGGUGCUUAGAAGGUAGAAUAUAGAAUGGAAUGGAAUGGAAUGAAAUCAAAUGGAAAAAAUUAUGAACUAAAAUUAUCUAUUCUCAAAAGUAGCAAGUGAAAGAAUUAUUGUAAAAUAGCAAGAAUAUACUGGAUAUUAUAUA